AGUUYUCCCGGUUGCCUCCAAUCACUGCAAGAAUUCUCUGGAACGCUCUCUCGUAUUGCACGGAUCAAUAGUAGCCAGUGCAAUCUUGGUAAUGGUUUCGUCCACCUCCUUCUCACUGCCURGAGCCGCAGUAGGUGCAAUUCUCGCURGCUUUGUUUCUGUAUCAGGGGCAGCGCUAACUCCUCAGGAGUAUGAAGAAGCAAAGAAUGGGGGUUGGCUUAAUGACAUCGACAUUGAAAGCGGAAACGAUGACGACUUUUUCAAUACGUCGGGCAUUAUUAGCUCGCAACACAAUUCGCUGAGGGGGAAUGCAAGCGCCACAGAAGAUMCAGUAAUAAGUGUAGGAUCGGCACUCUGCUCAAAUGAACAAUUUUCAAUCAUGUGCGGCCUUUAUAACGAAACCGUCAAAAACAACACGAUUGCGGGGCGGAUACAAGGACUUGACUGGGGUCUGAGCUACUACGAAAGAUUCACGUUGUUUGCUCCAGUUAACACUGCAUUUUUGACACCCGUCGUGACCACCCUGCCGCCCGCGCUGUCGGUGCGAGAUUUUCUGGACACCCAUAUCAUCAAUCGGGCUCUUUCCUUUGAGGACUUAAGUAGAACCUGCUUCUACGAACUUGAAACCCGAAAUCUCGGGGAAACCACCACAACAUACUGUGAGAUCGAUGGGACUCCACGCUACCAGGUAGGCGAGGGCAAUGUUGCCUCCGAUCGGCCAGAGUUUUUGAGUCGAUCCUUCGUGAACAUUCGCGCCGGAAAUGGAUAUAUUCACGCAAUCGAUGCCGUAAUCAAGCCAAGUCAAUUUCUUAACCCGGAAACUGCUGCUCCCACCAGCAAGCCGACAACCAUGGAACCUACGCGAACACCGACCAAAUCACCAACUAGAUCACCUACCCGAGCUCCCUCGCGAAGACCAACGUCACAACCAACGUCAAGACCAACGUUUCGUGAUUCUGAAGAGACRUCUGAAACGACGACGGAGGAGUCAUCAAAUAAUCCUAAUGCGCURAUUUCUCCGGGUUCGCCACAUGGGAAAUUGGAUGUGGAGGGAAGGAAAGUCGUUAGGGAGGAGAGAGGAAAGUUUGUGCCGAGCUCAUUGCCUAGCGACGGUCCGAGUAUGUUGCCUAGCGACGGUCCGAGUUUGAGGCCUAGCGAUGGUCCAAGUUUUCUUCCCAGUUCGUAGACGAGAAAAAAAMCCGUCAGAAUCGAUAAUCCGUGAAUCAGCAGUUGCCAAUAGCAGUACCGUGCUUAUGCAAUCGUUCUAUAGACAAACAAGUCGCRCGAGCGUACGUCAUUCAUUGAAAAUAACAAAGUAGUACAACUAAUGAGAUAUGUGCAUUUCAAAUCUAAGCGGAGUGGGCAAACAAACUCUAGAUAGAUGA